UGUUGACAGGAGUCAAUGAGCCUCCCAGCUGAGCGACUGAGAGUGCUGGCCUGCCUGAACGACCUGAGACAGCAGCACGUGGACGUCAUGAAGGUUUUUAAUGAUCCAAUUCACGGGCACAUUGAAAUACAUCCACUUCUUGUUCGCAUCAUCGACACACCUCAGUUUCAGCGCCUCAGAUACAUUAAGCAGCUGGGUGGCACUUACUUUGUAUUUCCAGGAGCCUCUCACAACCGCUUUGAACACUCUAUAGGGGUGGGCUACCUAGCAGGAUGUCUGGUUCGUGCACUGAAGGAGAGACAGCCAGAACUGGAUAUAACCCAGCGCGACAUCCUCUGUGUAGAAAUUGCUGGCCUUUGUCAUGAUUUGGGUCAUGGGCCAUUUUCACAUAUGUUUGAUGGAAGAUUUAUUCCACUUACUCGUCCAGAUUUGAAGUGGAAGCAUGAAACUGCUUCUGUUGAAAUGUUUGAGCACCUGAUCACUUCCAAUAAGCUAGAAGAAGUCAUGAAAUCAUAUGGUCUUGUCCUGGAAGAAGAUAUGAACUUCAUCAAGGAACAAAUAGGAGGGCCUAUAGAUGAAACCGCUUGUGAGAAGUCGUGGCCCUAUCGUGGUCGACAAAAGGAGAAAAGUUUCCUGUAUGAGAUAGUAGCUAACAAAAAAAAUGGCAUUGACGUUGACAAGUGGGACUAUUUUGCAAGGGAUUGUCAUCACCUAGGAAUCCAGAAUAAUUUUGAUUAUAAGCGAUUACUUAAAUUCACUCGGGUCUGUGAAGUGAAAAACCAGAAGCAUAUCUGUACCCGUGACAAGGAAGUUGGAAAUUUGUAUGAUAUGUUCCACACACGGAAUUGCCUGCACCGGCGAGCAUACCAGCAUAAGAUUGGCAACAUCAUUGAAAUAAUGAUUACAGAAGCCUUUCAAAAAGCAGACAAUUUUUUAAAAAUUGAAGGCUCUGAAGGAAAACUGUACCAGAUUUCUACAGCAAUGGAAGACAUGGAAGCCUACACUAAGCUAACUGAUAAUAUCUACCUGGAAAUCCUGCAUUCAAGUUGUCCAGAACUGAAGGAGGCACGAGAAAUUUUGCAUAAAAUAGAACGACGUGAAUUAUACAAGUUUUUAGGAGAGACUCAACCUGAAACAAUGAGGGAAAUUGUAAAGAAUAAUUGCCUGGCGAAAAGCAUUGCAAAUUCCAAACCAGAAAAGGAUCCUCCAGAUGUGGAGCUAAAGGCUGAAGAUUUCAUAAUUGAUAUUAUCAAUAUAGAUUAUGGAAUGAAAGAACAGAAUCCCAUUGAUAAUGUUCUCUUCUAUUGCAAGGCUGAUCCUUCCAAGGCAGUCAAGAUCAGUAAAGAACAGGUUUCAAAGCUUUUACCCAUGACAUUUGCAGAGCAGAUUAUCCGAGUUUAUUGCAAGAAUCAGGAUCCAAAUAUUGUUUCAGCUGCAAAACAGUAUUUUAUUCAGUGGUGUAUAGAGAAUGAUUUCACCAAACCACAGGACAGUGAUGUGGUUGCCCCUCAUCUAACUCCAAUGAAGAAAAGCUGGAAUAACAGGAGAGAUGAUGAACAGAGGACAGCUUCGGAACCCAGCUGCAGACAAAGACUGCCUUUUGAUAAGUAACAUUUUUCCUUUUGACGCUAUUCAGUCUGCUUCUUCAGAAGAUGAGGAAACAUGAGCAGCAAUUCUUCUAAAAGCCAGUUGUAUGGACUUUAAGAAUUUAUGGAACAAUGCAGUAAUGGAUUCAUACAGUACAUUAUAUUUUAAUGUAGGUACUUAAAGUGCAUAUUCAAGAAAAAUUAACAACCUGUUACAGCAGAGCAAACUCAAUUCUCAUUUAUUUUUGAAUGUAUUGGCACUGUGUAGCAAGAUAAGGGUUGCAAUUCAUCAUUACUACAAGAAGUGCUGAAGACAUGUUACUGUUCCUCCUAGUCCUGAUCCCUUCUUAAGAUGAUUGUGGUAUUGCAUGAGCUAGCAGAAAAACUUCUGGUUCAGGUUUUUGGAUUUUAUUUUUUUUCUCCAGUACCUGAGGAAAAGAGGAGUAAGUAUGCUUCUGAAAUAUAGUGAGGUAACAGAACUUUGAAAUAACCGUAGAUGGCAUCUUCAAAAACAGCAAAACAAAUUUCAUUUAAAAAAAUGAGGGGAGAGGGGAAUCUUUAAUAACCAAAGAUUACUUUUCUGGUAUUCGAAAAGCUGACGAAGAUGCAAGCCUCUUUCUAUAAGUGACCACAAUUUUUAUUAAGUAACAAUGCAUUGCAGUGACAUGCAGCCUUUUUAUAGUGUAUUUUUGAUACACUGAAUGUUAUAUUUUUACUAUUACACCGAACUGCAAAAACUGCUCAAAACGUCCAUUUGUUUGGGUGCUUGUGGGAAAGCAGAGCUACCAGACGGGAGGACAUCGCACAGUUCUUGGCACGGUUGGUGAGUCCUGGCAGGAUGCUGCAAUGGCUCUGCUCUUCCGUGCACCAAGUGCACCUUUGUUUUGCAUCACACUGUACUAGGCUCUACAGGAAUUCUGCCACUUGUGUAUCUCUUCCCUGUUUCUCCUGGAUCUCCAGUUGCUGUUCCUGAGUAAUUUUUCUCUCCCUUGUAGAACUAUAAGAGUUCUUACAUUUUUCCCUUACUGGCAGUACUGAAGUGAGUGUUGCUAAAUGUCUGUCCAAUUCAAAAUUGAAUGAGGAAGACCUUUUUCCUCUCAUCUUUUACUCAGGUUUAAGAAGGCUGCUUUCAUUAAAUAAAACCUAAAAGCUUGAAAAAGCCUGCCCUAAAAACUGAAAAUGCAAAGCAAAGGGUGCAGUAAUGCUCAGCAAUUGGAAGGAGCUUUGGGUUUUUAUAUCUGAAAAGGGGAAGGAAAAGUUCAGCAUUCAGUUUUGACAGCCAGCCACGAGUAACUAGGUUAGUUUCUGAAAACUAACACAGCAGGAAGUCACUGUGACAGAAUGCAGAACUCUUCAUAUCUGAUUGUGUUUCCUUUGCCCAUUUUAUCACAGGAACUGAUAGCUGUAGGCAGAGGAAAGGAGAAUGAGUAUUCAUGAACUUACUUGGAUUUCAUUUGUUGAAAUAACCAGAAGUCGUUUUGCACUUGCUGCUUUCUUACAUACCUGUGCUCAUGUGUCUAAAGGUGAUGAAUGUGGUGCAAUCUCUGCUGUUCAUACCUUUAACAGUAUUUCAGGUCUGCAGGUGUGCCAGGUAACUAUUAGAAGAAUUUGUGACCUCUUUAAAAGCUUUGGAAGAACUUUUAUUGUACUUCAAGAAACAUCAUAGAGUGAAGGCCUUUAUCUGCAUAAAAUCAAGUACUGUUCAGAAUAAUGUAAUUUUGUUAUUAUUGCUUGGGUUUGUUUUGAAUCUGUUACAAAAGGUGCACUUUAUACUUGAGAAAUAUCUUUUGCUUAUGUUAAAGCAAAAAUUUGUACUUAAUGUUAAGUUCUGAGAGAGUGCAUUUCUUCUCAAGCAUGUUAAUCUGAGCCUCUCUGGACUAAGAAUAAAUUUAUAAACAAUGA